GAUAUUAUACAAUAAAUGAAUUUAUAUUAAUUAAAAUUCUUAAAAGAAUAAUGAGGCUCCACGGUUAGCUAUCAUAGACGAAAGCACGCCAGAUGUAUCCGUGAAAGGAAAGAGGUAUAUUAUUAGGAGAAGGCCCAAGCGUUCAAGAGAAUGUUGGAGAGAAUCGUAUGCGUUUAGGGUUUUUGCUUUUUGAUUAAAUUUAAGGCACUCGUCUGUGGCCUUUCCGUAUUAGUUAAGGGUUAGGGUUUCGUUCCAAUGGCGGAAGAGAGAUCCACUGGUGUGGUAAGGUGGUUCAACGAUGUCAAGGGUUUCGGGUUCAUCACGCCCGACGACGGAGGAGAAGAUCUGUUCGUCCAUCAGUCCGCCAUCAAAUCCGAGGGUUUUCGUAGCCUGGCUGAGGGCGAGCACGUCGAGUUCCAGAUCGAGCUCGGCGUUAAUGAGAGGACCAAGGCCGUGAACGUCACCGGUCCCGACGGAUCUCCCCUCCAGGGCAACAAGAAGGACAGUUACGUACGGUCCGGACGCGGAGGUGGUGGCGGUUGGAGAAGCGGCGGUGGCGGAGAUAGGCGUAACAGUGGCGGUGGUGCCGGUUGUUACAAUUGUGGCGAUCCUAGGCACUUGGCCAGGGAUUGUUACAAAGGGAACAUUGGCGGCGGCGGCGGCGGCGGCGGUGGCUGUUUCAAUUGUGGUGAGGUUGGGCACAUGGCUAGGGACUGUCCUAACGGAAACAAUGGUAACGGCGGCGGCGGCGGUGGUGGUGGUGGCGCGUGUUAUACCUGUGGUGGGUUCGGGCACUUGGCAAGGGACUGCAGGGGUGGCGGCAGUGCUGGCGGUGGAGGUGGCGGUGGCGGUGGCGCGUGUUUUUCUUGUGGGGCUUUCGGUCACCUUGCUAGGGAUUGCCGCAACAACGUCGUUUCCGGGAGGUUCAGUGGUGGCGGUGGCGGAGGAAGAAGCGGCUGUUUCAACUGUGGGAAACAAGGACACCUUGCCAAAGAAUGCCCUGACGUCGCUUGAUUAUGAAGAAUAAAGAGUAAUAGUACAUAUUCUCUCUUUUUUCUGACCAUUUUGAUCUUUAGUUUCUUAAUGCUUACUUUUUAAUUAUGGGGGUUAUACACAGGAUGGUUUUAUAUUUUGUGCUGGUUUUGACUUGGUGAUCGGCUGUUCGAUCAGCAUUUUUUCAGUCUGCCUAACACAGAUGUGGUGUGGUUCGGAUAAGAACUAGGGAUGUUGACAUUUUCUCUAACCGAUCAGCUCUCUUCUUCAAGUGUGAAUUAACCGACUUCGAUAUUUAGUUUGGUGAUAUUAGAUGUGGUGGCCUGAUUAUCUACUAUUAUGAGCUGCGUUAUUAAUAUUGUCUUCUAUAUAUUUAAUAAUAUUAUAUUUCUAUUGGGA